UACGAGCUUCAUUUUUCAUAUCUCAGCCGGUGACUGGGCUCCUCCUUUACAGUGUCUCUGGCUUUACUAGAAACUCGAGACAGGGAUAAGUUUAUAAGGAAAUGGUUUGUGGUCUCGUGAUUUAUAUUUCACAAUCAGACAUGCUGGAACUCACAACCUGUGAAGCUUCUCCUGAACACCUCACUGUAGCUUUAAACUAAGGGAAAGGGAAACAUGUCAAACACGAUCAAAGAGCUCACUUUGACCUACGACCCGGUUAACGAGACCAACACCUUCACGAGUGGCGACGUUCUUCAGGGGCGAGUUUUUCUGGAAGUGGCCAAAGAGGUGAAGAUCAACUACUUGUACAUUAAAUGUAAAGGGGACGCGGACGUGAGCUGGUCAGAGGGGAGUGGUGAUGACGAGAAGUCAUACCGCGCUCACGAGAGAUACUUCAAACUGAAGCAGGUUUUUAUUCAGGACCCCUCCAAACCUGCAAAAAAAGAACUAAACGUCAUUAUAACAACUGGUGAGACCUAUGGUAAUGUGGUUCGGCCCGGAAGACAUGUUUUUCCAUUUAGCUUUCAGCUGCCCAGUGGGAAUAUGCCACGAUCUUAUAAAGCAUUUCAUGGGUCAGUUAUGUACAUUUUGGAAGUCAGACUGGGUCGGUCAUGGAAGAUGGACCGCACUGUGAAAACGGAAAUCAACUUUGUCCCAAGGAUUGAUGCUGGUGUUAAUUUAAUGAGCCCACAGAGUGCUGCUACAGACAAAAAGAUGAAGCUUUUCACCUCUGGAAGCGCCUCAAUGAGAGCAACAAUUGACAGAAUGGGUUAUAUGCAAGGUGAUGUCAUCAGAGUUUCCACCAGUGUUGAAAACUCCUCGUCUCGCGCGCUCAAGCUGAAGUACAAACUACAGCAAAUACAGGGCUUCUAUGCACAAGGUUACUCUAAGCACUCAUAUAAAACCAUUUUCAAAGUGGUAGGAGAUCCUGUCCCAACUAGAUCAAAGCAAACAGUCAACUCAGAUCUGAAGAUCCCACCUAACCUGGAACUGACCGUCGCAAACAGCAGUAUUAUUAAAUUGGAGUACAUACUUAAGGUCUAUUUGGAUGUCCCCUAUGCAAGUGACCCAGAGAUCAAAUUUCCAGUGAUCAUUCUUCCUGUAGGCCAGCUUUUGGGUCCCCAGCAAAGCUCACCAAGCUUUCAGCACAAUGAUCCCUAUCCUCCACCCCAGGCUGCAUUUGGGCCCAGUCCUCCUGGUGCUGCCUUUGGACCAGCUCCAGGACUUUACCCCAGCCUUUACCCUUCACCUGCGUAUCCACAGCCAGCCAAUCCAGGAGCUCCUCCUCCUUCCUAUACAGACGUCUAUCCAAAUCAAAACCCAACAGUUCCAGGAUUCCAGCCACCUCCAUCAGCUCCAUCCUUCAAUCCUCCUCCAUAUUCUGCUAUGGGAUAUCCAGGUCCUUCUGCGCCACAGCAGAAUCCAGCACCAAGUGCUCCAGAGUUCUGUUCAAAUCCAUCUCACCCACCCUAUAGUCAAGCAGGAGGUCCCCCUGGAUAUUGGCCAAAUUCAGCCAAUCCAACCAACCAAACAGAGCCUUAUCCAACUAAACCACUAGAAGAAAAACAUGCAUAAUCAGACGUGCCUUUGAGUUUUCCAUGUGACGAGAUGAUCAUUAUGCAAUCAAGAGCAAAUUACCAUGGAGAACAUUAUGGUGCUUGCUUCACUGUGACAAUCUAUGAUGAAGUUUUGAUUUCAAUUUGAUUCUCAUUGAUAACAUGAAUUUGAUUUAUGAAUGUUGUCUUGUUUCAGAGGUGAAUAGAGCAGCUACAGGAGGACUUCUGUUGUCACAUACAGACACAGACACAAAUGCUGCACAGACUUUAAUGCACUUGAAUCAUGAAAAGCCACUAAAGUGCCUUUAGAUAGUAAAUCUAAAAAAUGUCUAUUGUAUAUCUAUAUAAAUAUGAUUUAUCUUUGUUUAUAAGGAUUUUACCCACAUUCAUAUACCUGGUAUGACUCAAUGAAGUUGAAUUGUAACUGUUCUGUGUCACUAAAUUUGUUUUGUAUGCUCAUCUUUAAGCAUAUACAGUUCUGUGCAAUAAUCUCAGGCACUCAGGAAAAUUCUUUGAAGGUAUUUAUCUGGGCAGCAAGUGUGUUUUUUUUCCAGUAAACACCCUAUGUAAUAUCAUAAUAAAUAGAAACAAAAAUCAAUACAGUAAAAGGUAACAAGAAUUUUUAAACACAGAUUUGUUUUCUGACUUCUUGCUGUACUCCACCCACUGUAUCGGUUUGUUUGGUUUCACCAGCAGCACAUCUGAUUUCAUUUAAUGAAGGAUUUCACACAUUUUUUUAUAUAAUAUAAAUGCUUACUGUCCAAAUAAAUAGCUUUACAUAUUCAUAUCAAAUUCAUAUAUUUUUCAAAAACAAUAAAAUUCCUCAGUUUGAACAUUUCAUAUAUUGUCUUUGUACAUCUGAUUUACUCAUGUAGAUGUACACCAGUGUACACCAGCAUUCCAAAUGUUUGGAAUCACUUCAUAAUAAUUGCUCUGGUAUUAUAUUGAAUUUGGACUUGUUAAGCAACAAAGUACACUGACAACCACUCACAGAUGAAGCGAAUAACACUGAUUAUUUUGUAACAAUUGGGCAUGUCAAGGCCUGGGAGAUAUUAGAUGGU